UCCUUCGGGACCCCACAUUUAUUCGCCAACGGUGAGCACGGUGGUUCCACAAGCUUCUCAACACCAAGUCGCCGACCGUCGACCUGCAUGCGACUGACAGGGUCAAGCGGUGGGCCACGUGCGUGCCACUUGACAUCCCGCCAUCUCUACUUGAGGUUGAGGAAGCGGUACGGGAAAUGGCCAACAGAAAGGCCGUCGGGCCGGACGACCUACCGGCUGAGCUGAUCAAGCUUUUCCUGGACGGAGAUGAAGGUCUCCUCCGCGAGUUCCACGCCAUUGUUGUGGACGUGUGGCAGACUGGGGACGUACCACAGCAGUGGAAGGAUGCCACCAUCAAAGUGCUGUUCAAGAAGGGGGACACGAUGGAGUGCGGCAACUACCGGGGCAUCUCGCUCGUCGCACACGCCGGCAAGGUGCUGCUUAAGGUCGUCGCUACACGACUGAGCCACUACUGCGAGCGAGAGGGCAUCCUCCCGGAGGAACAGAGCGGUUUCCGCCCACACCGGUCGACGCUCGACAUGCUGUUCGCCAUCCAGCGGCUCCAUGAGCUCGCGAGGAAGAAGAGUACUGCGGUGUUCGCGUGCUUCGUCGACCUCACCAAGGCAUACGAUUCGGUGGACCGAGACCUACUGUGGGACGUGCUCCGACGCUUCGGCGUGCCCCCGAAGAUGCUGGCGGUCAUUCGCCACUUCCACGAGGGCAUGACGGCGCGCGUCCGAACAAACGACG